AUAUUAAUACAAUUUCGUCGGUCGUUCUCUCCCUAAAUUUUCCCCUCAUCCGUGCGUUUCUCUCUCUUCAUCUCUACAUUUCUCUCUCUGUAUCUUCCAUUUCUCACGCUCUCUCUAUAUAUAACAACAAUAAACAUAUAUACAUAUAUAAACAAAUAUAUUUUUUCUCUAAAUAGAGUCGGUCCAAGGUCCACCUAUGGCUUCUUCUGAAGAGCGUAGAGACGAGCCAGUGAAAGAAAUGGUGCACAGGACGAAGGUAAUACAGUUCCUAGGACGCGCAACGCCUAUCAUCCUUCAGAACGAUAAUGGCCCUUGCCCUCUCCUCGCUAUCUGUAAUGUUCUUCUGUUAAAGAACAACUUGAACUUGAGUGCAGACAUUGCCGAAGUCUCUCAGGAGAAAUUGCUCUCUCUUGUUGCGGAACGGUUAAUUGAUUCAAAUAGUAACGUCCAUAACAAAGAUGCAGGGUAUGUUGAGAAUCAACAACAGAACAUAGCUGAUGCAAUUGAUUUGCUCCCUCGGCUUGCAACUGGGAUUGAUGUAAAUAUAAAAUUUAGGAGAAUUGAUGAUUUUGAGUUUACUCCAGAGUGUGCAAUAUUUGAUCUUCUAGACAUUCCACUGUAUCAUGGUUGGAUAGUUGAUCACCAGGAUCAUGAUACUGUGUGCGCGAUAGGAUCGAAGUCCUACAAUACUCUCACGGGGGAGCUUGUUGCCCUUGAAACACAAAAUAUGGAGGGUCAACAUAAAAAAGGUUCUGAAGAAGAUUGCAUUGAUUUUGCUGCUGCAACAACUGCAACCUUAGGUGUUCCUUCUCCAUGCCUUUCUCCAUGCCUUUCUAGAGGUAGAUCUUUUGAUGAUUCCCCCCGUUCUGUGUCUGAUCACCUUAAAUUCAGAAAAGGAGACCUUGAAGAAGAAGCUGAGCUGUUGAGAGCCUUGAAAAUUUCAGAGGCUGAUUUACCAACUUUAUCAGUUGAUUCUCUUACAGACAAUGCUAGUGGACAAAAUUUGUCUGGCAGUUUGAAGGAAAGCGCAUAUCUCAAAAAGCCUGAACCUCUAGUUCUCACCGAGACAUUAGAAGGACAUAUGGAUGUUGGAAGUCAAAAGUCUCAUCAACAGGAAUCACCUAUGUCUGCAGAUUGCAAUUCCUUGAGCAAUGACAAUAGUGAUGUGAUAACUAUUGAAACUGUUGCAAAUGAAGCUAUUACUUCAUUGCCGAAGACUGAUCAGGGAAUCCACACUGAUGAAUCAAAUUCAGAAAAAUCUGGAGGACAUGCUGUGUGUAAAGAUCUAGUUGAUAAAGCUAGUGUUGAUGUGUUGGACCAGGAGGAAAAUGCACCAUCUGAUUCUUCUGCAUCUUCUUGCGAAAGACAUAUAUAUAAUUCUGGUGCAGGUGAAAAAGUUCAGAACCUAUCCACUUCCAAAGCCGUGAUACAUGGGGAAGAAGAUGACCGAAGUGGUUGUGACACGACAGAAUGUUCUAAUUUAUCUGCACUAAAUGCAGAUUCAGAUUCAUCUAGUAGCAGAAAACAACAGAUAGAUGCUCCCAAAGGUUAUACUUCAAGCGUUGAUGACAACGAACCCAUUUAUGAAGGAGAGGAAUGCAUACUUGAUUCAGGAACAAAAAUUUAUGAAAAUCGAGAGCCUAUGUAUGAAGGUGAGGUGGCUCUUGCAGAACAAGUGGACAAAAGCUCUAGAGAUGGAUAUGAUUCAAGUUCCAUGGAUGAAAUCACUCCAAAACAUGGAGAAUUGAUAAGGAAUUUUCUGAAGAACAGUGCUAACCAGUUGACUAUAUACGGAUUAUUUUGCUUACGAGAUGGUCUGAAAGAGCGCGAGCUUUGUGUAUUUUUCCGUAAUAAUCACUUUAGCACUAUGUUCAAGUUUGAUGGUGAACUAUACCUUUUAGCUACAGACCAAGGUUACAUAAAUCAGCCUGACUUGGUAUGGGAAAAACUAAAUGAGGUUAAUGGAGAUACAGUUUUUAUGACUGGUAAUUUUAAGGAAUUCAAGGUAGAAAAUCUGGACAACACCACGUGGAACGAACAAAAUGUCCUUGCCAGUACUGCUGACUAUCUUGCCAGUAUUGAUAAUUCAGCACAAGUGGAUUCAAGUUUCAAUUCUGAUCUGCAAUUGGCGAUAGCUCUUCAGCAACAGGAGUUUGAGCAACAACCACAGCGUAGUCUGCAGCAACCCACUGUUAGUGGUGGCGGUUCAAGGCUGAUCACAGGACCCCAGGUCCCAAGGAAUAAUAACAAAACCCCGCCGUCUUCUUCAUCUUCGAAGCAGGAAGCAAAAUCAAAAGAGAAGUGUAUUGUAAUGUGAGAAUUUCAAUAGGAGGCGGGUUGGAAGUUUGUAAUGUAAAUGGUGCGACUUUCUUGGUCCCUUUACAUCCCAUAUCAUCAGCCUAUUCAGCAUAUAAAUGUGUUUGUAGAUUGGUUUUCGGCUGUAAAUAAAGUAAAAUGUUACCACAUUGCGAGGCCUGCAAUUUAUGAUUUUUCUUUUUCUUUUC